AUGGCACAAAAUGGAACUUUCCAGGGCCAGCCAAGCAAACCGGUGAUCUACAAGGUUCAAGUGACGACGGGGCAAGGUCUUUUGACUGGCACUUUUGAUUCGAUCUCCAUCACCUUGGUGGGCACCGGUGGAGAAAGCCCCAAGGGCCUUCUGAACCAGGCUGGAAUGAGCUGCUCUCAAGGAUCGGUGCAUAAAGUGGACAUCCUGUGCGAUCACGAGCUGGGACCCAUCCUUCUGAUUCUCCUGCAUAAGGAACCCUAUUCGUGUUUUCCCCAGAGCAGCUGGUAUUGCAAUGCCGUCCAGGUGACGUCCCCACAGGGGGAGGACUAUACCUUCCCCUGUUACCAGUGGAUUGAGGGUUACUGUACUGUCGCUUUCAGAGAAGGAAAAGCUUACACAUCUUCAGACGAUACUCACAGUCUUCAGCGGAGGCAUCGCCAGGAAGAGCUGCAAGUGAAACACAGCAAAUAUGGGUGGAAGGAAUACCUCCCGGGUAUACCCUGGUGUGCUGAUAUCGACACCAUAGCCACAACGGAGUACAACAUUCAAUACUCCUUCCCCAAGUCAACUGCCUUUUUCGGGCGUGGGACGACUGCCCUGUUUGAGGCCAAAAUGAAGGGGUUCCUCGACAAACCUUAUUCCUGGGAGAGGCUGGAGGACAUUCGCAAGAUCUUCUGGUUCUACCACACUCCCGUCUCAGAGCACGUGUUUAAGCACUGGAAAGAUGAUGAUUUCUUUGGGUACCAGUUUCUGAAUGGAAUCAACCCCAUCAUGAUCCAGAAAUGCACCAAGAUCCCGGAAAAUUUCCCCGUCACCCAGGAGAUGGUGAUUGGGACUUUAGGGAGAUCUACAACACUCAAGGAAGAGCUGAAGAAAGGAACCAUAUACUUGGUAGACUACAAGGUCCUGGAGAACAUCCCCACAGUUUUACUGAACAACAAGCAGCAGUAUGUUGCCGCUCCCCUCUGUUUGCUCCACCAGAAGCCCAGCGGAGAAGUCCUUCCUCUGGCUAUCCAGCUCAGCCAGCACCCUGGUCCUCAAAGCCCCAUUUUCUUGCCCACCGACAAAGAGUGGAUCUGGACCUUAGCCAAGACCUGGGUGCGCAACUCCGAGUUCCAUACCCACGAGGUGAUUGCCCACCUCCUCCGCAGCCACCUGAUGGCCGAGGUCUUCACGGUGGCCACCCUGAGGCAGCUCCCAAUGUGCCACCCGUUGUACAAGCUUCUGAUCCCUCACCUCCGUUAUUCCAUCCAUAUCAACGUGUUGGCGAGGACUUACCUGAUCAGCCAAGGAGGCACCUUUGAUAAGGCCAUUGCCAUUGGGCGCCAGGGAUUGGCUGUGCUUCUACAGAAAGCCAUGGAUGGCCUGACUUACACCCACCUUUGCCUUCCGGAUGACAUCGAGGCCCGGGGCGUGGGCUCCCUGCUGCAUUACUACUACAGGGACGAUGGCCUGAAGAUCUGGGAUGCCAUCAAAAGCUUUGUCUCUGGCAUCGUUGGCAUCUACUACAGAAAUGAUUCCUCUGUCCAAAGUGACGGCGAACUUCAGGCCUGGGUGGGCGAGGUCUUCGCCAAAGGGUUCCUGAGCAAAGAGGCGUCAGGAAUUCCUUCCUCCCUCCGUUCUGUCCCAGAACUCAUCAAGUUCCUGACCAUGGUGAUCUUCACAUGCUCAGCUUACCACGCCGCAGUGAAUGGUGGGCAGUUUGAAAUGGGGGCGUUCAUGCCCAAUCUGCCUUCCUCCAUGAGGAAGCCCCCGCCCCAGAUGAAAGCCACCAUCACCCUGGAAGAGUUCCUGGACACCAUCCCUGAAAUGAAUGUGACCAGCCAGGUCCUCUCCGUCCUCUGGGUCCUGCGCAGCGAGGCAUUCGACAUGAAAUCGCUGGGCUCUUACGACGAGGAACACUUUGUUGAGGAAGCCCCAAAGCUGCUGAUAACAGCUUUCCAGGACGACCUCGCCCACAUAUCGGAGGUGAUCGAGACCAGGAACAAGGCCCUAACACUGCCUUACACCUACCUCUACCCACCCAAUAUAGAAAACAGCACGACGAUAUAG